UCUCUCUCUCUCUCUCUCAGACACACACACAUACACUCUCUCUCACACACACUCUGUCUCUGUCGCGCGCGCUCACCCGUCACGCACAGAGCCCUCCGUCCGUCUUCUACUCCCUUUCCCUCCCCCCGACCUUUUUAUUUUCUUUUUAAAUUAUUUUUAUUUUUAUUCUAAUUAGUAUUUCUCCUCCAUCAUGAAUCGUCUGAAAUGCUGCUUCAUCGCCGGGAGUGUCAUCGGCGCGGUCGCGUGCGCGCUCGGGAUCAUCCUCAUUCCGGUGGGAGACUAUGUGAUCGGGAGCACUGUCAAAAAGGAAGCCGUGCUGGAGGAAGGAACCACGGCGUACGGGAACUGGAUCUCUGCCGGCGCUCCGGUGUACAGACAGUUCUGGCUGUUUAACGUGCAGAACCCAGACGAGGUGCUGAAUAAUGGCAGUAUUCCUCAGCUUCUGCAGAAAGGACCGUACACGUACAGGACGAGGUUCAUCCCUAAAGAGAACGUCACCUUCUUCCCCAACCACACCGUCUCCUUCCUGCUGCCCUCAGGAGCUAUCUUUGAGCCCAGCAUGUCUGUAGGAGCAGAGGAGGACAUGGUGACCUCACUGAACAUCGCUGUGGCUGGUGUCUACAGUCUGGUCAAUCACAAGGUGGCUAACAUGAUGAUCCAGCUGAGCGGCUCGUCUCUGUUUCAGACCAGAACAGUGAAGGAGCUGUUAUGGGGCUACAGAGACCCCAUGCUGAAGGGGCAACUGGGAGUUUUUUACCCGUAUAACGGAACCUACGACGGCCCUUACAGCGUAUUCACUGGAAAAGACGACAUCAGCAAAGUUUCUACCAUCGACUCCUGGAACCACAUGCAGUCUAUGUCCUACUGGAAUAAUACCUACUGUGAUAUGAUCAACGGAACAGACGGCUCGUCCUUCUCUCCGUUUCUGGAAAAGAAGACACCGCUGUAUUUCUUCUCCUCAGAUAUCUGCAGGUCCGUCUCGGCCGUGUUCGAGGAGAGUCUGGAUCUGAAGGGUAUCACUGUGUAUCGUUACAUGUUGCCCUCCAACACCUUCGCCUCCCCCGCCGAAAAUCCAGACAACCAGUGCUACUGCAUCAGUAACGAGACCACCAGGAACUGCACUGUGGCCGGCGUGCUGGACGUCAGCACGUGUAAAGGUACUCCUGUGCUCAUUUCUCUCCCUCAUUUCCUCCAUGGCAGUAAAGAGAUGCUGGACCUUGUUCAUGGUUUAAACCCGAACCCUGAGGAACACUCCACCUACCUGGACGUGGAACCGAUCACCGGCUUCACGCUGAGGUUCGCCAAACGCCUUCAGGUCAACAUGAUGUACGGUCCAUCCAAGGACAUCAAGAUCCUUAAUAAAGUGAAGCAGACCACCAUCUUUCCCAUCCUGUGGUUAAAUGAGACGGCAGCACUGGAUGAUGAAACGGCGGCCAUGUUUAAGGCGGAGCUCUUCUCCCGCAUGGACACGCUGGAGCUGGUGCAGAUCGUUCUGAUUGCGGCCGGAGCGGUGAUGCUGGUGCUGAGUCUGAUCGGAGUGUGUGUGGUGAAGCGCCGGAGUCAUCUAUCUUACGUAGCAUGAAGUUUACACACUAAUCCUUCUGAUCAACAUCAGGAUUGUAGCAAACGCUCCAGCUCAGGAAACGACACGCCACUCAAGCACAACACUAACGGGGACAAACACUCAACCACACCACUAGGGGGUGCUGGAGGGUCGGGACGAACUCAGCAUAAUUUAUACGCUAAUGCGACAUGUACUCAAACUUUCUUUCUUUUAAACUCUUUAUUUAAAUUCCCCAAAUUUAUCUAAUAAGUUGCAACACAUUUAAUAAUGUCUUUAGUUUUGCGCUGGAGCUAACAGGCUAAUGACUAAGAUAGCCUUAUAGCUAGAAUAUUAGCAUUAAUCAGACCUGAAUCACUUUCUUCCUGAGCACAAAGAAGUGAUUCAGAUGAUCAUAAAAAGUUUGAUUUGUUUGUUUAAUUCUAUUAUUUUAUUAUGAAGUUUUAAUGUUAACGGUGUUACUGAGGCGGACGCGAGUGCUAGUGUGUGAGGAUUUUAGCGCCAUGCUAACCUGGCGGCUGUGAACUUUUAGAUCCAGUGCAAAAUAGAAGAAGAAGAGAAAUUUUGGAAUAAAUAUUUAAUGCUGUAUUUUUAUAGGAUGUGUUUAUGAAACUCCUUCAGUACUGUAACCAAGGAAUUCUGUUCAGAAUUAAUAUUAAAUAAAAAUAACUUUUAUUCCAGUUAGAAACCAAUAAAAGGAAGAAGGUAAAAAAAAAAAGUUUGUGUAUCAGUGAUUGUGUGUCAAUG